UGCGUGUCCAUGAUAUGGGGGUUAGCUGCUGUCCGGGUCUUAGCGGCAUAACAGCUGCUAACAAGAUGCACACGACUAGUGGCAUCUACAAUGUAGAGAUACAUGCAAGCUAGUUUAGGUUUAGAAGCUAAAAUAUAUAUAUAUAAAAAUAAAUCUACUGACGUCGUUCGUCAGAAACACCAGCAGAAAUGGCGGGGAUUAUCAAAAAACAAAUCCUCAAACAUUUAUCAAGGUUCACCAAGAACCUUUCUCCAGACAAGAUCAACCUGAGCACCCUGAAGGGCGAGGGCCAGCUCUCCAACCUGGAGCUUGAUGAAGAGGUUCUCCAGAACAUGCUGGAUCUGCCCACCUGGCUGGCUGUCACUCGAGUGUACUGCAACAAGGCUGCCAUUAGGAUACAAUGGACAAAGUUGAAAACAAGCCCCAUCUGCUUGUUCUUGGAUAAGGUGGAGGUUGAGAUGAGAACUUGCGAAGAGCCUCGUCCACCCAAUGGCCCUUCUCCCAUCGCCAUAACAGCAGGCCAGAGUGAGUACGGCUUUGCCGAGAAAGUGGUGGAGGGCAUGUCCGUCAGGAUAAACUCCAUCACCAUUAAGGUGCAUGCUCGCGCCUUCCACGCGUCCUUUGAGCUCUGGCAGCUGCAGGGCAACAGCCUCAACCCCAAAUGGCAGCACAGUGACCUUCGUUACACCCGCAUCACCGACCCCAAGAGAGGAGAGGUGCUGACAUUUAAAGAAAUUAACUGGCAGAGUCUACGAAUUGAGGCAGACGCCAUUGAGAGCGAUGACCAGGACCUCGGGAACACGCCGCUGCGUCUCAUCACCAACCAGGGCCGCAUUCGGAUUGCCCUUAAGCGCAGAAUAAAGGACUGUAACGUGUUGGCAUCUAAGCUGCUUUUCAUACUGGACGACUUGUUGUGGGUGCUGACAGACUCUCAGCUCAAAGCCAUCAUUCAUUAUGCCAAGUCUCUGAGUGAGGCCAUGGAGAAGUCAGCACAGCAGAGGAAAAGCAUGACCGCUGAGUCUUUACAGACUGCACCUCCUUCUCCUGGACUCCACAGCCUGUGGACAGAACCCCCACCUUCCUCAACAAGCACCCCCACCAACAUGAGUCAGUACUUCGACCUCUAUGACGUCAAGGAGUCUUCCUAUCACACCUUUAUCUCCCGCUUGGACUUACACAUAUGCAACGACAGCUCCUCCAUGGAUGAAGAUGAGGCUCCCCCGCCUGGCUUGCAAGGUGCUAUGCAGCUGACCUUCAGAAAACUUGGCUUCGACUACUAUCCCAUUCACAGACCAGCUGACGGAUGUCGACACUGGGAACGUUACAAUGGAGCCAUGGAGGCCCAGGCCCAGUGGGCUUCCAAGCUGCUGCAGGAGUACCAGAGACGAGCAGAAGCCUGUGGCUUCCCAGGUCCACAUGCUGAGCUCUCUGAGCCAACUAAGGACUCCCCUGCUAAAACAGUCCCAGAUGGACAGUCCAGCACCAACUCAAAUAACUGGAGCAAAGAGCAGACAACCAGCAGAAACUCUGUGACAGCGAGUGCAGAGGCAUCGAUGAAGAGGCUGAGAUCCAGCUGUGUGGUGAUCAGGAUGGAUGAUGUGGACAUUCACCAGGUGUCUACAAGGGCACGUCAAAACAAGAAGACCAAUUCUUUACUGUCUUGUAACCGGAAACUUCUGCGUUUGCCCGAUAAUGUACCAGCAGUCCAUCUGCAGUUUACAGAGUACUACUUUCCUGACAACUCCAGUUUACCAGUGCCCACCUCAAACCUGUAUGCUCAGCUGAACAGCCUCCAGCUGUGUGUGGACUCUGCCAGCAUUUUGUGGAUCAGUCUGUUUUCCAAAGGCCUCCUGCACACCCUGGACCAAGUCAAAGCUUUCUACCACUUGCAGGAUAGUAAUAAAGUGGAAGAACAUGUAGAUAUACGCAUGGACGCAUCUCAACUUAAGGUGCUGAUAGUCCCCCUGGAUUCAUCCAUACUGGACCAUCCAGAACGCCCACAAUCCCUUUCUGUUAUCAUACCCCAGAUGGCUCUCAGCAACACUCGCCACUGUCCUCAUGGCUCCAGGGCUGACCUCAGCAGCACCUGUGAAAAAUUCUCCAGCUGCUCUUUUUUCCAGCCAGCAGCAGGUUGUCCUUUUCCCAGAGACCCCAGUGCCUUCCACCCCAUUCCCUCCGCCUUCACUCAGCACGCCAAUGAAAAAGAACUCCAGCCUCUAAACAGAAAGCAGCUACGAUCUCAGGACGUCUGGUCUCUCAGUUUGUCCCAUGUCACUCUUGGGUUUGAUGGAGCGCGGCGCUUCCCAAAAGGCAAAACCCAACCUUUCGUUGAGCCCUUCGCAGUUUCCGUGUGGAUGUGUCAACACCCUGCCUUUCAGAGUGAAUCUCAGUCUUCCCCUUCGAGUCCUGAAAGAGUUCGGCCAUGCUCUUUGGAACAGGAGCCUUCUGAAGGCCAAUCAGCUUCCGUCCACGCUCUGAUCCACACCAUCACCCCUGUCAGGAUGUGGCUUAAUCACUACCAGUACGUCGCCCUUUUGAGGAUGAAGGAUGCUUUGGCUCGGUUGGGUGCUGAGUUGGGCCGGGAUGUGCGAGGACUUAAGCAGACACUUGGUCAAAAGACAGGACCUCCUACGGUUUGUUUUGCUUUCCUGGCUGGUUCCGUGGAACUGGGUCUUCUUUUGCCGCCAGUCUUAAUGGAGCAAGAGGAUGAGGUCCCUCAAACUCCAGAAACGGACAGCCCAAGCAUAACAGACUGUGACGUGUCCCCAACACACCAGCCUAUCACUGUUGAGCUGCAGGACAGUGGGUUAGAAAAUGGACUCUCCUCCAUCAAUACAGGCACAACUGCGUUUGAUCUAGAUGAACCAGAUGGGGGGGUGGAUGAGGCGUUUGAGGCUGUGGAGGUAGGCCCGGACGGUAACGGACUGACAUCAGAGGAGGACACCGCAGUCCUGUCGCCUCCCCUCUCCCCUGGUGGACCCUCUCCAGUCAUCUCCCGCGAACCAUCUACCUUCAGUUUAGACGACGAACUGUCAAGCGCCAUCAACGCCACCAAGGAUGUCACCAAAGACGCCAUCAGUGCCUCGCUGGACCUGACCAAAGGGGCUUUUUCAAUAACUAAAGAUGCCUUUAGCAUGCUCAGCUGGGGUUCAGGCAUGAGCAAACUGUUUAGUGCACAGGCAAGGGAACAGGGUCAGCGUUCAGAGGAGUCCUCCCCUUCUUUACGUCACAAACCCAUGAAGCCGUCGAAUUCCCAGCAGUCCUUCGACAGCGCCAUCCUGGAUGGCAGUCUUCCUGACAAAAACCUUUCCAUCGACAGUGAUUUAAGCGACAAUUUUGUUGUUGUCAUGGACUCAGAAUCAGGCAGGGAGUCUAUGCGUCUGAACAAUCCACCUGCAGACAGCCGAGGGAGCCCGGCCCCGGGGACCGAGGGCGGCUCAUCCGCUGAUCUAAGCAGCUCCCUGUCUCAAAGUACUGAGGAUUUGUUACAGGAUAUGUCAUCAGUUCUGCUGCUGAUCCUGAGUGGAAUAGCUAGUACCUUGGAUAUGCAUGGAGAAGACCAAGUUGUUGCAGUCCAAGCUCAGAGUCUGACACCUGUGCAGAUGGGCAACAUCAGCUUGUCGGACCUUUUGGCCGGACUUGUUCAAGCUCCAAUUGAGGCGCUGCAGGGAUCCGAAAGGCGGGGGAGCGCUCCCGCAUUGUGCAUGCGGGCAGAAACGGGCCCGUCUGCUGGCCUGGCCGAGUCGUCGGGCUUCCUGGAUGUAAGACUCCAGGACUGCCGGGCAGACUUGCUGGCUUCCACAGUGGCUAACAUCGGGCCUUUCCUUGAAGAUGAAUUCAGCGUGGAUGGGCAGCCGAUGAGGCUUCACAUGUGCAACAUCACCAUUACCAUGAAGGAUGAUGGCCCCAGAAUCUACCCAACAGCCCCCCAACCUGUCCCAGCCAAAUUCAUUAUCGACCAUCUGCUUAUGGAGCGAAGUGAUGACGGCAUCAUGAGAGUCAGAACUGACAGAGCGGAGCCUAAGGCAGUGACCGACAUCCCUCCAGCUGCCUCUGGUGAUGCUGACGGUUCUGAAUCUGACCAACGGGAGGAAGAGAGACAAACUUCAGAGUCCCAACUCUGCCAAAUGCAAGCUGCCCUCACCCAGGCCCUGCAAGAGAAAGAGCGCCUCCUUCUGGAAGUUAGAAAAUACGACCCUGCCUUUACUCUUUAAGCCGCUUUUGGUUCUUGACUGAUUUUGCUGCUGAGAAAAUAUGACAAGACUAUAAAAAUAGAGCAGUAAAAACCUGAAAAUGGGAGACGAAUCUGAAAACCAAUUCAUAAGAUCAGGAACAAAUCCUCUAAGUCAACACUUGAUGGUAUCUUGUUGUUAAGUCUCAUCCUCACUAUAAAGCCAUAGUGUAGUUGGUGUGGUAAACACAGCAUGCCUUGUGGUCCGGCAUCGAUUUUCUCCACUUGAGCGCAAGCGUAAUGGAAAUAUUAAGUCAAGCACAUGAGAACCUUUGUUCUCCUGCAUCGACACUGCCAGACAGCGGGCCGCUCGUCCGCCAGCCACUUCCUGCAUGCUCUGUGAACAGUGUUCAUUUACAUGUAGCACAUUUACUAUUAGAUUAAAGUAACUCACUUUUAGUGGCUGUAAACUACAAGAAAAGUUGCUUUUCUGUUUGUUUUUGAAGUGUUAAUUGUAAAAAGUUAAAGCUGAACAUUGCACUUUUGUUCUUUAGAAAGAAAUUGAAUCUUGACUUUUACUUUAAGGUCACAAAUCAAAUUAUGUUUAUUUUAAUUUUUUUUAAUUCAUUUUGUAAGUGAUAUUCAGAGUUGUGAAAUGUUUACGUUUUUAUGUUUUAUUUUUGGCUCUGUGACAUAUUUCCAUUUGCAGAGAUGGUCUAACAUAUUGCUGAAACUAAACUGGAUCUCCAUAACUUGAUCUUAGUUAAUGACCCAUGGAUUGUGUGUUUGUAACAUGUCUUUAACUUAUGUUUAUUAUUUAUUAACAUUUGCUUGCAUUUUCUUCUGCCUACAUAUUGCUGAAUCCAUAUCAACCACUGAAAGGGAGAUCCUUUCUUUUUCCAUCCCCACUUUAUUCAUUCUUAGGUCCAGCAUAUAUAUUUACCGAAAUGAUGGUUCUGAUUGUGUAUUUAUUUGACAAAGUGAAAUAUACUUUUACCACAGUUAUAAGAAAAAUGCACAAUUCCCAUGUUUUUUGAUCCCAAUCUAGAUUAUACCUGAGAGGUUUUACUUUUCCAAACAAGGCAGAUUGGUUGGUUUGUCGGCUUUGGAUCAAGAAUCUUUUUAUUUUUUUUUAGCCUUUUGUAUUUUUCAAACCCACAUCUGUGUCUCAAUUUGAAAUACUAUGUGAAGAUCAUUCAAUUUAAAACCUACAAAGGUUUUUUUUUUUUUCUUUAAUUCCACUUUGUUUUAGGAGCCUUUUAGUGAUUAAGUUCAAAUGAUGUCUCAUCUCUAACUGUUGGUUACCUUUGAAAAUAGAGGCAGAAACGCCCUCUUAAGGUGGAAUGUUACCUGUUAAAGCAAUAGGAGCCCUUUAGUUUACACAUAAAGAUGAUUCAGAACAGCAACUAUUAGAUGUGCAGUUGAAUUCUUGCAGUGCGUAUUAUUAAACUUCAGAGCUUAGCUGCAUGCAGAUGUGAUAAAUAUUUCAGUGUAACAGCAGAUAUGCUGCCCGCUCACCGCAAUGCCACCUCUCUUUUUUAGUAGUUUAUUCUGCAUGGCCUUAAUAGAUAUGGACGUUAACGGUACUAAUUGAAACGUGCCACGCUGGAUUCAACAUGUAGCUGUAAAGUUUUCCUCUUCACUGUCGGGCCUCAGUGUUAAGUAGCAUCUCUCUUCCUCUGAUCGACUGGUGCUUUUGGUUUAGACCCAUAGCAUGUUACACUAAAGGGGUUUGGUUUUGUUUUUUGCACUCCAGGAGGGCCUCCUCCUCCUCCUCUUCCUCCUCCUCCUGCAGCCUAACCCACCCUUCUGUGCCAUGCAAGGAGGAGGUGAACAGUGACUCAAUGCAAGGUGGUGUUUCCUCCAUCAAACUGCACAUGCAUAUACUGAGGUGUUUGUACUGUGUGAGUGCAAUUCACUGGAAACUGCACUUGUUUGAAAAUCAGAUGACUCAGAUGUUGUACACAGUAUUUUUGUCAGCUGGUUUAAAAAAGAAAAAGAAAAUAAUCACAUUGACUUUUCUAUGGGUAGAAUCACUUCCAUUGAGACUAAACUUUAACUGGUUCUGUGAACCAAAAUCAGUGUGCUGUAAAGAUUUUAAGUGUAAAAAAAUAAACUGUUGAACACAGUUUGAUGUUGCUGUGUUUUUUUCUUUCCAGUAGAAAAGAUUUGCUGUUCACCGAGUGAGUUUAUACCAAAGAGGUAGUCAAUGUUUCUGUGAGCACUUAAGUAAUAUCACAUUGAAGACGUUUUAUGUUCCAAAAUAACAAAGCCAAACGUUUGAUUUUCUCAAAAUUGGGAAAGAGUUGAUGAGCAAGGAAGAAACUUCCUUUUCAGACGGGGACUGAACCCAGAUUUGACCGUAAACACAAGACC